ACAGCUGCCUCCUCUCCUGCCUCUCUGUGUGAGUGACACACACAUACACACACACACUCACACACUGGCCUCUUUCUCUGGGACUUGACAGCAGUAUAGCAUCAUCAUGUCUGACCGGGGCUCAUUCGACACCAACGUGAUCACCCUCACCAGGUUCGUCCUGCAGGAGGGCCGCAAGGCCCAGGGGACCGGAGAGCUGACCACCCUGCUCAACUCCAUGUGCACGGCCAUCAAAGCCAUCUCUACAGCCGUGCGUAAGGCUGGGAUCGCCAACCUCUACGGCAUUGCAGGGAGCACCAAUGUGACCGGAGACCAGGUGAAGAAGCUGGACAUCCUGUCCAACGACCUCGUCAUCAACAUGAUCAAGUCGUCCUUCACCUCCUGCGUGCUGGUGUCGGAGGAGGACGACCACGCCCUCAUCGUGGACCCGGACUCUCGGGGGAAAUAUAUCGUUUGCUUUGAUCCACUGGAUGGGUCCUCAAAUAUUGACUGUCUUGCAUCAAUUGGAACCAUAUUUGCUGUCUACAGAAAGAUGACAGAUGAUGAGCCUUGUGAGAAGGAUGCACUGCAGUCUGGCCGACACAUAGUGGCUGCAGGCUACGCCCUGUACGGAAGCGCCACCAUGUUGGUGCUCUCCACCGGUCAAGGGGUCAACUGCUUCAUGCUGGACCCGGCUAUUGGGGAGUUCAUCCUGGUGGACCGUGAUGUAAAGAUUAAGAAGAAAGGGAAGAUCUACAGUUUGAACGAGGGCUACGCCCAGCACUUCUAUCCUGACGUCACAGAUUACCUCCAGAAGAAGAAGUUCCCUGAGGACGGUAGUGCCCCCUAUGGCGGGCGAUAUGUGGGCUCCAUGGUGGCAGACGUGCACAGAACUCUGGUGUAUGGGGGGAUCUUCCUGUACCCCGCCAACGUCAAGAGCCCCAAGGGCAAGCUAAGGCUUCUGUACGAGUGCAACCCCAUGGCGUACAUCAUGGAGCAGGCAGGCGGCAUGGCAACCACGGGCAGCAUGGACGUCCUGGACAUCCAACCAGAGUCCAUUCACCAGCGCUGCCCCGUGGUGCUGGGCUCUCCCGAUGACGUGAAGGAGUACAUCGCCAUCUACAAGAAACAUCACAAGUGAGGCCCCAGAGAGACCUCUCUCCAGUCCAAAACCCCACACUGGCGUACACACACAGACACACACACACACACACACAGUCAUAGGCAGACAAAACACCAUGCGAGAUCAGACAGAUAAGUGCUGUGUAGUGGGACGUGUGCUGACAGACUGUGUGAGGUCACUUCGUGGCUCUUAAAUGUCAGCAAGUUGGUCACCAAGGGUUCUAUGAGCACUUGAAUGGCCUUGGUGGCCGAACACAACACCACCAAACUGUUUUUGUCUUCAUUUGCCUCUUACUGUCCUCUCGAAAUGAAAGAUAGAUUUUUUAAAAUAAAACCUGUAAAAGAAA